CAGUGUUGUCCUGCAUUACUCGGUAAGAACCACUAAAUGUCUAAGAUAGGGCUGUGCAUAAAAUUACAGCAUGAUAAAAAGCGCCAAACGCGUACAGAUAAUGUUUUAGCUACCUCUAAUUGUUUGUCACAGAGCAAAAUGGCUAGCAGCAGAGCACCUUACGAAGAAGUAAAGAAACUGGGAGUAGGAUCGUACGGUGAAGUCUACUUGAUCAAGUACCACAAGAAAGAGUAUGCCGCCAAGGUCCUCCACCGACUUCUGUUUGACCCACACGAUCCGGGAACGGCGACCUACGCCGACAAGUUCAGGGCAGAGUGCGAGCGCCUAAAAUCCCUAAGUCACGAUUGCGUCGUAAAGUACGUCCAAACAAUCAUCCGCUCCGACACGAAUUUUCCCGUUCUUAUCAUGGAACUGUGCGGUGAAAGCCUGACAACGUUCCUCGAGCAUUCCCCGACGAAGCCCCUUCCUUAUCACGUAGAGCUCAACAUCAGUAUCGACGUGGGCCGUGCUCUCGAGUAUUUGCACGAGAAUUCCGUCAUCCACCGCGACCUCUCGUCAAACAACGUUUUGAUGGUGGCUGGAAAUAGGGUAAAGGUUUCCGACUUUGGGAUGUCCAAGCUGGAUUCAGUCAACCCCAACCGUUCCCUUACCAUAUGCCCAGGAAACGUCAAUUACAUGUCCCCGCAGACAUUCAGUAACCCUCCCCAAUACACGACAAAGCUGGACAUCUUUUUCUUUGGUGUUCUCUCGGUACAAAUUGUGACGAGGCAGGAACCAAACCCCACGGAUCGACACCAACCAAUCCCUCACCAGAGCCCCGGUGUCUGCAGAGAAGUCCCUGAAGUAGAACGACGUGCUGCGCAAUUGGAGACGAUUGCCGAUGAUCACCCUCUGAAACCAGUUAGCCUCAAGUGCCUCACCGAUGAGGAAGAAGGUCGACCAACAGCAGCAAGUUUGGUGCAGACGCUGAAAAGUCUUCGUGGGGAGGAAAAGUACACACAGAGCUACGAGAAGGAGCUGCAUCGUAGUCACGCACACAAGGAGCGGGAGAGGGAGAAAAGGAUGGAGAAGAGUCAUCGCUCGAGGCAUCGCUCCAGGAGGCACCCGAGAGUGCAGUUGUUGCCCAACGAGAUAAAACUGAAGCUGCUAGUGGUGGGCCAGUCAGGAGUGGGGAAGACAUGUGCUCUGAGAGUCUACAACGGAGAAGAAUUUGCCUGUCAGGAGUGCACAGUUGGUAUCGAUUUCUGUACAAAGACUGUCCAACAAAACAAUCACCAUAUUACAUUGGACAUAUGGGAUAGUGCUGGACAGGAGAAGUACAAUGCAUUGACAAAGGCAUACUUUCGAGGAGCUCAGGUAUCUGAAAAUUUAAUCACUAUAAUAAUUAUGCACUUUUAGAGAGUGUUUUGGGAAUUGGGAAUUGGGGGGCUAUGCAAGCAGCAAUCCAUAGCCAAAUUCUUUGUUUAUCCGUUUGGUGAGCAAGAUCUAUAUAUAUAUAGCUACUUAUUGUCAGUAGCUAGCUAAGAUGUUACUAUACUUACCAAAUAAAGGGUGUCCUGGUGAUGUAUGAUGUAACUCAUCGUGAGUCUUACAAAGUAGCUUCUGACUGGAUCAAGGCAACAAACAUGGUGAGUAGUCAGAGUGAUAACGCAGGUUUCUAUCGAGCUAUUUCAAUACAUAACAGUGGCCUUAUAUUACAGCUGUAUCAGGCCACUGUCCCAUUGAAUGUAGGAGAUGCAGAGAUGUUGUUGGUAGGAAACAAGACUGAUCUCCAGGACAGAAGACAGGUCAGGGACAUGGACGGCAGGAACCUGGCCCAGGAACACAAUAUUUCUUUCAUUGAAACCAGUGCUCUUAGAAAUGAAAAUAUUGAGGAGGCUUUUUCUAUGCUUGUCGGCAACAUCAUGACAAAACAGCCACAUACAAUGAGAGCAACCAGUCCCUCUAUAACACUAGAUAUAGACGAAGAUGAGGAUGAAGAAAGGGAAAAGAGAUCCUGCUGCUUAGGACGUAGACAUUAGCAUACCAUUAUUAUCGAACAGCCACAUACAAUGAGAGCAACCAGUCCCUCUAUAACACUAGAUAUAGACGAAGAUGAGGAUGAAGAAAGGGAAAAGAGAUCCUGCUGCUUAGGACGUAGCUAGACAUUAGCAUGCCAUUAUUAUCGACUCUCUUUUUAGAUCUUGUCACCCAUUGCAAAUUUUUAAGUGUGUGCACACAGUUGAGU